UUUAGCUCCCAAUGCUGAAGCUUCCUCUUUCGUUACCUCAUUAAUUGCUGCGGUAAAGCGAGGAGCUUCAAAGGAGAAAUAAGAGGAGAAGCAGAGAGAGCUAUAGCCUUGCUUAUUUUCAGCCUUUCCCUAUUUGGUUGCGUUCCGUUUACCGUAAAGAUUCCUUUGUCUUAAACCCUUUCCAUCUCUGUUCUUUGCUAACUGAUCGCCUUCUCUCCCCAUUAUGUUUCCUUCCAAACCCUACUGCCAUAGUCUUCCUCUUUUUCUUUGAGGCACUGCCUUUAGUGCCCUGUAUCUGGAUUUAGAAAGUUGGCUUCUCUCCCAAUCAUUUUGCUUAAAGCUAUGAUCUUUUGCUUCAGUUCAAAUCCAUGGGAGGAAAAAGGAGUUAGCUUGGAGGAUCUGGUCCAGUAGUUUUUAAUUGGGCCACAAGGAUUUGGUUUGCCCAUACCUUUGCUGCCCUACAACUGGUUCCAGCUUCUAGUUUAAGGUAUUGUUAAAGAUGAGCGUUGAGGAGAAAAUAGGGAUCAUAGGGGGAGACGAAGUUCCUGGAGAGAAGUUCCCCAUUGGAAUGCGCGUGCUUGCUGUGGAUGAUGAUCCUAUCUGCCUGAAGGUGUUGGAGACUCUGUUGAUUCGCUGCCAAUACAAUGUUACAACGACAAAUCAGGCAAUCAAGGCCCUAAACAUGUUGAGGGAGAAUAAAGCCAAGUUUGAUCUGGUUAUCAGCGAUGUUCAUAUGCCAGACAUGGAUGGAUUUAAGCUUUUGGAGUUGGUGGGCCUUGAAAUGGACCUUCCUGUAAUUAUGCUGUCUGCAAACGGGGAAACUAAAGCCGUCAUGAAAGGGAUAGCUCAUGGGGCUUGUGAUUAUCUACUCAAACCCGUUCGGAUUGAAGAACUUAAAAAUAUUUGGCAGCAUGUUGUGAGGAGGAAAAAUUUUGAUCAGAUAGAACGUUCCGGUCUUAAUAUUGGCAAGGACUAUGAGAAGGUCCAAGCUGCAAAUUCCGAAGUUAUGAAAGGUUUUGAUGCAAAUAGACCUAUGGAUUCUAACACAAAAUUUAAUAAGAAGAGGAAGGACUCGAACGUUGAGGAUGAAGACGACUAUGAAGAAGGCACUCAUGAAACCGAAGACCCGUCAUGCCACAAGAAGCCGAGGGUUGUUUGGUCUGUUGAGCUUCAUCGCAAAUUUGUUGCUGCUGUCAACCAAUUAGGAGUUGAUAAGGCUGUUCCUAAGAGGAUUUUGGAUAUUAUGAAUGUUGAUAAGCUCACAAGAGAGAAUGUUGCAAGCCAUUUACAGAAAUACAGACUCUACCUUAAAAGACUAAGUGCAGUGACCACCCAGCAAGCUAACAUGGCUUCAUCUUUAGGAGGAAGAGAUAUGUCUUUUGUGCAUAUGGGUUCAUUUAAUAAUUUCGGGACAUCCCAAGCGUUGACAACUUUCCAACCAAUUGGAGUGUCAAAUAGAACGGACCCAAACUUAUUAGGCCCACCCAGGGUCGCUCUUGGAAUGGUUCAACUCGGUCGAACACAGAACAACACGAACAAUCCUGUGAAUGAUAUCUCUAAGUUUCAGAACAUAUCCGUACCCAUAAACCAAUGUGAAAAUUUGUUUGAGGGCAUCCCAAGAUCAUUGGAGCUCGACCGUCUUCAACAACAACCAAAAAGAAUAAAUGAAUCGAAUAAUCGCUUGCAAGGUGCUUUCUCUGAUGCCUCUAACAGCAAUUUCAUCAGCUCGACGAACAAUUCUUUGUUAUUGCAAGGUAAUCAAUCUCCAGUUUCCAUACCAUCUUGUGUAGCUAAUCGACAUGAGAUGAGCCCUGUCAUAUCUGCUCGUUUUCUGGAUCUCGGUAAACGCAAUGAAUCAUGGCAAAAUGCUCCAUCUUUGAACACGUAUAGUGGUGACAGUUUGUUGGCCGGAACCCCCUAUAGUAAUGAUAGUUUGACUUCGAGCAACACGAGAGCUACCCUUGCUUCGACAGUCCUGCAGAUUCCUGGAAAUCCUUCGAAUAUUUCUUCGGACAACUUAGUGGUGCCAGUUCAGAGAUCUUUAGUUGGACAAGAUGUGCAAUGCCAAACCAGUUCAGGAAUCACAGAUCCAAAAUUCUUGAGUUUCAAAAGUGUUGAGCAGAAAUCAAAUGAUUCCAAACAGAGAUGUACAGUUGAAACAAAUAUAGCUUUUAGUUCUUCAUCCAACGCCACAUUUACAAAUCAAACUCUUCUGAAUAAUGUUGCUGAAAGUCAGGGGUUGAAAAAUCAAAGUUUAAACAAAAAGUUUGAUUUUAAUUUGAUGAACCAGCCCAGUUUUGAUACUGCUUUCAACACACAAUAUGGCAAGACAGACAAAUCAAAUUUUUAUAAUGGGCUUACAUUUAGUGAAGAUAACUUGUUUGGGGUUUCGAAGAUGCAGGGUGGGUUUGGUUCCAACGGUUGCAAUUUUGAUGAUCUAAUGAAUGAGAUGAUCAAGUCGGAGAGAGAUGACAUAGGAUUCAUCGUCGAUGGAGAAAUAAGCUCUGAUCUCUUUUACUUGAGCACUGUUUUAUGAAAAAUUUUCAUUUGUUUCCCAUUUCUCUGCUGUAUAGUCAGCCAUUAGAGGAUGGCUGCAAAGCUCUGAGCUCUUUGCUUGAUAUAUUGGCUUUCUUAGACUUUUGUUCUAAUUAGGCUUUGGCUUUCCGGAAUGAAGCAUGAAUAGAAAGCUAUCAAACCUCAUCAUGGAGUGUUAGUUUUUCAUUUUUUUUUAUAUUUUUUCAGCCCAAUGGUUGAUGUUGUAUUUAAAUAUUGAUAUUGGUGUUCAGUGAAUGGAUGAGAUUGGGUGUUGAGGAUUCUCAAAGAAGGAUUUGGUUGCAAA